CUCCCGCCGGCUCCGGAGCGCUCCUUCCCGGCCAGCCUCCAGCUGUGAGCCGCCGUGCUUCCUCCGUGUCUCCGUGGGGCCUCCCGUCGUCUCCUCCCGGAGGAAGAUGCUUCUCCUUCCCGCCGCUCUGCUCCUGUGCGCGGCCGCCCCGGUGUCCGCCGCCGCCUCCCGGACCGGACCCAAAGUCACGGACAAGGUGUUUUUCGACAUCACAGUUGCGGGUCACGAGGUCGGACGCAUCGUCAUUGGUUUGUUCGGGGAAGUCGUCCCGCUCACCGUCAACAACUUUGUUGCCUUGGCAACCGGAGAGAAAGGUUAUGGCUACAAAGGCACAAAGUUCCACCGAGUCAUUAAGGAUUUUAUGAUCCAGGGAGGAGAUUUCACAGCUGGAGACGGAACCGGAGGUCACAGUAUUUAUGGGACAACAUUUGCAGAUGAAAACUUUAAACUGAAGCAUCUCGGAGCUGGAUGGGUGAGCAUGGCCAACGCCGGCCCAGACACCAACGGAUCGCAGUUCUUCAUCCUCGCCGCCCGGGCGCCGUGGCUCGACGGGAAACACGUGGUUUUUGGGAAAGUCCUGGACGGAAUGUCCGUCGUCCACACCAUCGAGCUCCAGGACACCAACGACAGAAACCUGCCCAACACCGAGUGUGUGAUCGUCAACAGCGGCCGCAUCGCUGUCAAGGAACCCUUCAUGGUGGAGGUGGAGGGUUGGUAGAAAAAAAACAAAAAACAAACAAACGCAGGAGAAGAAGAAAC